AUGAUCAACACACUAUUUAUCUUUUAUCUGUGCGCAAUAGCAAGUACUGUGGUAUCAGAAAUGACCUAUCCCACCGCUGGGACAACUUGGAGGGUUGGCCAAGCCGUCAAAGCAUCGUUCAAAGCUGGGCAAAGUGGAGAAACGGUUAACUUGUUCUUCAACAAUGAUCGAAGUACUUCUUUAGGAGGAGGACCCAUUACAAACGGUGGCACGUUUCAAUUCAUAGUUCCUGAAAAUGCACUCAGCACGACAGGUGGAUACUCAGAGCUGAUUGCAGUGCAUCGACUGAAUAGGCAUCUUCUAGACGUAGAUAAUGUCAAAGUGCAAGUGGUUCAUUAA